UGUGGCUGUGACUACCGACAAUGGUGCAAAUAUAGUAAAAUCUAUUGAAUCAGUAUUUGGCAGAGCAAAGCAUAUUCGUUGCAUAGCUCACACAUUAAACCUUGUUGUGCAAAAUUCAGUCAUGGUGAAUGAAAUAAAAAUAUUCAUUGAUAAAGUUCGCAGAAUUGUACAAUGGUUCCAUCAGAGCGGAGUUGAAUAUUGAGAAAUUCUCAAAAGGCUGAAAAUGUACCGGAGGAAAAAAUUAAACACUUGGUAGGAUGUUUCAACGCGGUGGAAUUCACAACUGCAUAUGCUUGAAAGGUUUAUAGCUAUGAGUGGGACGGUAGGCGGCAUAUUGUUGAAUCACUCUAAUGCUCCUCCUACGAUUGAAGCUAGUGAAAUUGCUGUACGGAAAGAGGUAGUAAAAAUUCUCAAACCGUUUGAAAAAGUAAGCGAGGAGAUGUGUAGUGACAAAUAUGUCAGCGCAAGUAAAGCUAUUCCCAUUAUAAUGUGCCUGGAACGGGUUUUGGAAAAAACAGAUCCAUCGCAUGAUUUGGCCAUUUAAUUAAAAAAAUCAAUAAGAAAUGAAUUUAAGAAAAGAUUUGAGCACAUACAAAAAGUUUAUUUAUUUAUACUGCAAUAUUUUUAGAUUUUUAUGUUAAUAAAAACAAUUAAUUAAAAAUCGUAUUUUUAUGUACAAUGUCAUAUCCCUAGCUUACAUCGACAUAUAACUAUUUGCCGAUUUUAGUUUAUUCACUAUGAAACAACCUAGCAGAUUUCUACUAACGGCCUAUUUCGAAUACCAAGCCGCAAUUGAAAAAAAUGGACAAGAAAUUUACAAAAUUUGGCCACUAGGGUCGCUGUAAUCGCUUGACUUAGAUAUAAAGUGCUUUUCUAAUCUUUAUGUUGAAGGUUAAUAUGGGCAGUUUUAUGUUCGGCAGCAAAAGUUAACAUGUAGUGAAUAUACAACACGCUAAUUUAAUAUAAUAUGUGAUUGUGUUUUCAUGCGAUUGCCAAGUAAAUUUAUGAUACUUACGAUAAGAAAAAACAAAAAUGUCGGUAAUUGCAAAAAACAACUAAAAUG